AUGUACUACAGAGCCCUAGUACUUGCUAAUGAAGAACAUACUGGGCUCCCGAAGCUCAGGAUCAAAGGCACAAGUAGACUUAAACUACUACGGAGGACGCUCCGCGACAACUCAGGAUUAGCUCGACGUGUGAGAGAAUUACACAUGCUUGGCUUCCAGUCGCUCUAUCAGAAUGCAACCAUCGAGCGAGAAGAGAUUGCGAACCUGGUAGCUUCUUUGGUCAUGGCCUGUCCACGCUUAGAACGCCUGGUAGGGUUUCACGUCCACUCCUCGCAGGCAUUUGAUCGGUUGUCACAUGCGCUGUCAACAAGACCAAAUCUCAAGGAGCGGGUGUUGAUAUUGGCUGAUACAGAUAUGGAGACGGGGGUAGACGAUGAUGAAGAGACGCUAGGAGGCAUAUAUAUUGCCGAAUGCGACCCAACCGAACGCUUCCUUGAACUCAGUUCUACCCAUUCCGCGCUAUCUACUCUGGUAUUGCAUCAAGAGCAUGGUCGGCCUUUGAUAAGCCUAAAUUUCCGAGCUAUCGUUGGGACUUUUCGAAACUCUCCCUACAUGCGUCAUCUUGUGGUAUCUGGACUGGCGGCGAACUCGUUUGCCAGCAUGGCCCUCAACGCUAUACCGUCUAAUCUAGAGUCUCUGCGCCUUGAAAAUCUCCCCGGCAUAACGGAAAAGAGCAUACAACGUUUCGCUAUCUCUCAGCAGGCAAUUUCCAUCCAGAAGCUGGCACUCAUAGACUUGGACAUUGAAAGUGUUCUCACCAUAGCAGACAUACUGUCUCCACAUCUUGCAAGUCUAACAGAAUUCUCACUUGUUCAAACAAGCGCCCCCACCUUACUGUGUCGAAGCUCGGAACCUAGUUUUCGAUCGCCGUCGGUUCGAUUUAUCCACUGGGAAUUAUGCUCUGAGGCUUCUCCUCUGCCUUCGUUCGUUUCGCCUUCAUCCAUAGAACUGCCAGAAUCGCGACCAUUCCCUUUUACGACUCUCGAACCAAUCGCUUGCCUCGCGACGUCUCUGCUUGCGGCAGGUAUCCAGGCACACACCUUCCCAUCGCUCCGUCGCAUUCGCAUACCUCAUGAUCCCCAAGGCGUCAUCCAAUCGCUCUGUAAGCCUCUUGCAACAGCACUUCUCCCGUCCGAUACGUCCAAAUUUGCGACUGCGUCACGUAUCUCCACUUCAGACAGGUUUUCUAUUAUGCUAGAGGAGCCUGCUACAUUAUCGCCCAAAAUGCAUGGGUCCUUUACCUACAGGGCGACGUCGGCAUCACGUGUAGAUUCUGUAGUCGGCUCUACAAUGUUCGAUCCAAGUCCUACAGAAGUCGUCCUUACGCCGAUGCGAUCGCGUCUCGUAGCACAGUCGCGUAUCCUUGCUGCUAGGAAGAAUGCGACCAUGGUCAUUCGCGUUUUUGACCCCGAGGGUGAAGUGAGAGUGAAUAAGAUUAUCGGAGGUCAUAUCGGCCAUAUAGACAGUAAAAUUACUUACGACAUUAAGACAGCUGGGCGGAGUGGAUGGAUCACAGGGAUAGCUGACUUGGUCGGCGACAAAGGCACAGGGCUACUUCGGUGUAAUCGAGCAAGUUGUGGACAUUUUGUCAGUGAAGGAACCGGACACAGCGUCUUGAUGGCUGAAGAUCUCUUCUGA